AUGGUUCUCGCUGCCGAGAGCUCGAGGGGUAGAGAAUAUGGCGGUGACCGGCCGGCGGAGGUCGUCGUCGUCGACAUCGAGAGCGGCGGCGGCAGCCUGGAUGGAGCGUCGUCGUCGUCCAUCGUGGAUAGGCAGGACUCGCUGUUCCGGGAGGCGGUGACGGGUCAUCACCGCCGUGCUGCCGGCGGCGCAGGGCACUCUGAUCAUGAUAGCUGGGGGACGACGCUGCGGCUGGCGUUCCAGUGCGUGGGCAUCCUGUACGGCGACGUCGGCACGUCGCCGCUGUAUGUCUACUCCACCACCUUCGGCCACGGCGGCGACGGCGGCGGCGUUGGCCACCCUGACGACAUCCUCGGGGUGCUCUCCCUCAUCAUCUACAGCUUCGUGCUCUUCACCGUCAUCAAGAUCGUCGUGGUUGCGCUCCACGCCAACGAUGACGGGGAUGGAGGAACGUUUGCACUCUACUCUUUGAUUUCGAGAUACGCCAAGGUGAGUCUGCUCCCAAACCAUCAGGCUGAAGAUGAGCUGGUCUCCAGCUACAGCACCAACCUUGGGAAGCCGUCGGCCACACUAAGGAGAGCUCAUUGGCUGAAGCAUUUGCUUGAGACAAGCAAGUCGGCGAAGAUCUCCCUGUUUCUCCUUACCAUCCUUGCAAUUGCGAUGGUCAUCAGCGAUGCUGUUUUAACUCCUCCUAUUUCGGUGCUCUCAGCUGUCAGUGGCCUGAAGGAAAAGGUGCCUGAUUUGACCACAGAUCAAAUAGUCUGGAUCACCGUGGCAAUUUUGGUAGUUCUGUUUGCUAUCCAACGCUUCGGAACCGACAAAGUUGGCUACUUGUUCGCACCAAUCAUCCUGCUGUGGUUGCUUCUCAUUGGAGGAGUCGGGCUCUAUAACCUGAUCAAAUAUGAUGUCGGUGUAUUGAGGUCCUUCAACCCAAAAUACAUCAUUGACUAUUUCAGGAGAAACAAGAAGGAAGGAUGGGUCUCACUUGGUGAUAUUCUCCUUGUUUUUACAGGAACAGAAGCUCUUUUUGCUAAUCUGGGAUACUUCAGCAUUAGAUCCAUUCAGUUAAGCUUUAGCCUUGGACUACUGCCAUCUGUAUUGCUUACUUACAUCGGACAAGCAGCAUACCUAAGGAAGCACCCCGAACAUUUUGCUAACACUUUCUUUAGAUCAACUCCAAGCGCUCUGUUCUGGCCGACGUUUAUCUUGGCAAUUGCGGCAUCCAUCAUAGGAAGCCAAGCAAUGAUCUCAUGUGCGUUUGCAACUGUUUCACAUUUACAAACACUCAGUUGCUUCCCGAGGGUUAGGAUACUGCACACGUCAAAGCGGUUUCAUGGACAGCUGUAUGUUCCUGAAGUCAAUUUACUGCUUUGCAUAGCUGCUUGCGUCGUGACUGUCAGUUUCAAGACAACGACCAUUAUCGGAAAAGCCCAUGAAAUCUGUGUCAUCCUUGUGAUGCUCAUCACGACACUGCUGAUGACAAUCGUGAUGCUCUUGGUGUGGAAAAUCAAUAUCUGGUGGAUUGCGCUCUUCUUCAUCGUCUUCGUUCCGACCGAGUCCAUCUACCUAUCAUCUGUGCUAUACAAGUUCACUCAUGGACCAUACAUACCCGUGGCCAUGUCAGCAGUUCUAAUGGUGGUGAUGAUUGUUUGGCAUUACGUGCACGUCAAACGGUACAAAUAUGAGCUGAAGCACACCUUAUCCCCUGCCAAGGCUGAAAAGCUGCUUGAGAAGAGCGAUCUGAAGAGGAUCCCAGGAGUUGGGCUCUUCUACACUGAGCUAGUGCAAGGCAUCCCACCCAUAUUCCCUCACCUCAUGGAGAAGGUCCCGGCGAUUCACUCGGUCCUGAUCUUCGUCUCCAUCAAGCACUUACAUGUUCCCCAUGUCGACGCCUCCGAACGCUUCCUCUUCCGACAAGUAGAGCCCAAGGAGUACAAAGUAUUUCGAUGCGUGGCGCGGUAUGGGUACCGGGACUCCAUUGGUGAGGAGGCAGAAGAUUUUGUCCUAGCACUGGUUGAGAGCCUCCAGUACUACAUACGAGAUGUCAACCUCUACUCAGUGGAUGAGAUGCAGAAUGUUAGCUACCCGAUUUCUCGAGAUCAGAGCUUGUCUCGGGACAAGCCUUCUGGAAGGCAUGCCAUCUAUGCUGAGGAGAUGAUUACGCCGAUCCAAUCGUUCUCCGAGCUCACAACACUGCCAAAUGGUUGGAGCAAUCGUCUACCACAGUUUCAGGCAUCAAAGAUGAAUAUUGAGGAGUUAGCCAAGAUUGAGGAGGAACAGAAGGUGAUUCAAAGAGAAGCAGAGAAAGGUGUGGUGUACAUUAUUGGAGAGGCUGAGGUAGUGGCAAGGCCUCAGUCCUCGCUCCUUAAGAAGAUUGUGAUCAACUACAUAUACUCCUUCCUAAGGAAAAACUUCAUGCAAGGAGAGAAGAUGUUAUCGAUUCCACAUGGCAAGCUACUGAAAGUUGGAAUCUCAUAUGAAAUCUAGAGAUUACGUAACGACUAUUCAGAGAGAUCUAUAUAUGGUUUCUUAAUUAUACAUAUGGAUUGAUCGGUGGCCCACUAGGAAGUACUUGUCGAAGUGCCAGGGAAAGAAGCAAGCACAUGCACAGCAGCUGGGAUCUGGGUAUACUUCUGCAUGGAUGAUCUGUAAGGUAGUUGUACAAUCAUGUAACGUGUAGAAUAGUUAACAACAGGAUGCUAUGAUGCUGCACAUGGACUAAUUUGGUCCACGUGUGGCUAGCAUUCGUGUCUUUGUAUGCCUCAUAUAUAUGUUUACACGUGUAUAUUUGUU